GUAACCCAUUGUUACUAGAAACUCACAUCGCUAGGGCAUUGAGAAAACUUAUUUCGAAAUUUAUGCUACCAAAAUCAUCUAAAAUGCUGUGAAAAAUAUAACAUCAAUUGAAUGCAAAUUUGCCAAACUCAAGGCAAAUAAAAGUUGGACAUGAUGGGUGCUCCGAAUAACGCUAAUUCUUCCAUUGAAUCUGAGGCCAACGAGGAGGACACAUGCUGUUUUCUGAUCAUCGUGGGCAAAGAUGAUCAGGUUGGUUCAAAAAUGCUGGAUACCAAUCCAGAAACCGGCAGAACUUUGCCCGCUAGACGCCGCAUUCCUAAAUGGCCUCCGAGGGUCAAGCCGAGGAAGUGGAAGAAACACAGCGUUAGCAUGGCUACCAUGGAUUCCAGAGAAACCAAUGACCUCCAUGUGGGUUCAGACGAAAGUGAAGCAGCCUUGAGUAUGGACAAGAUAAGCAUGAGCAUUACACCGCUGGAUGAGAUUCAGAACGCUGGGAGUACGCCGCUGUUUAUACAGAUCGGUGACAGGAUACUGGCCAACAGGCCCUCCUUUACUGUGGUAAAGGAUGCUUCGACCCAAAAUGAAAUUAUGGAGUAUCUGGAUCAUAGUGAAAGCCAAAGCGAAUGCUGUCAGCUGGAGACGGUAUCACAAGUGAUGAGCUCCCAUGCUGAAUGUCAGACAGAUGAGAUGGGCUCCCAAGUGGAUAUGGCAUCAAUCAAUAACAGCUGUUUUGAAGAAAAAGGUGUCCAAGCAACUCCAAAUCUACCGCAGCCAGUUUAUGUACCAACCGCAGUGCCAGUGCCUCACAUCCAGCAUCCUUCUUCGAGUGCCGAAGAAACCCGAGUAGAAGCUGGGGGUGCUCAGAAUUUCAGUCUCCAAGUGCAGUCGCAGCCACUAACACAAGAAAUUGAACAGCAGCAAGAGCAGCAACCGCAGCUCCCAAACAACAGCCAGGCGCCUUCGCCCCUUUUUACCAUCAGCUUAGUGGCCUUGCCUCAGGCGAGUUCCAGGUCUGGCAUCUCUGUGGCCCCUUGCCAGCAAUUGCAAAGUGCAGUAUCGAGCAACGCAUCUUGCUCCUCCUUCUGCACCAGCAAUUGCUGUCUGUCAAGGCCUCCACAAGGCUGCCAAAUGUCAAAGACAACCUGUUGCUCCCCUCAGAAUUUGGGCCGCUGUCUGCUAACUCCCUAUGGAUAUCCUUAUCGCUGCUGUAGCCGCUCCGCAUUCUGCUGUCCAGUAUCGAGUCCGCAGCACCAGUCAUCCCAGGGAUUCCCCGGGCACUGCAACAAGGGCGGCAUGCCUGCGAGCAAUCAGGUCAGUCAUCACGCAUUUCGUCCUGUCCUUUCAAAAACUGGCUUUGCGCCCGGCGGCAACUUUCGUCCUGGCAUUAACCCCUGUCAGGCCCAACCAAUGCCCAGCCGCAGUCAGUGGUCCCACUGCCGCAUGAAAGUCCAUCCCUAUCCACACUGCAAUUGUGCAAGGUUCGUGAACAACCAGCAGCAGCAGUUCCCAGUGCAAAUGGGGCAGUUGAUACAACAGGGACACAUUUCCAAAUGCGCUUGCAGCUUCAGUCAGCAGUCCGGCAAGGAAAUGAGGUUGGAAGAAUGCGAAGAGGAAGGACUCAACCAAAAUGGCUUGAAUAAUUUCUUCUCCAAAGAACCGCAAAUAAGUCCAAGCUCCAGAACCCAGCCAUUAAGCAAGGACCAAAAGCAUCAAGAGCAAGCCACCGAUAAGGAUACGUCUUCAGAAGCACCUCGAGGAGGAGGUGCAACGAAUAUCAGUAGCACCACGUUGUUUUCAACUCGGUGCGGACGAACUUGCCUGAUCCUGAAACCCACCGAAACGAGCAAUUUCCCAAGGCUCCUGACCAGACGAAUCAGUCGCUUUACAUCGAUGGUAAUUGCCCCGAAGUAAAUAGUAUCCGAAGCAAUUUAGUAAUUUCUAGAAUUAACUCUUACCAUGUGGACUAUUUUAGAAUAUCCUGAAACUAUUAUAUAUCCAAAAAGAACGAACUCGACAUUAAAUAUCAGCUAACC